AAGACAUACCCAAAGAACAGCAAGAGGGAAACAUCUCCACACCGAGUGGGAGAAAGAAGGAGAGAGGGAAAGAGAAAGAGAGAGAGCUUGCUUAGGAAGGAGAUUUAAACAAGGAAAGAUUUAAAACAAGCAGUGAAGAAUUAUCUGUAUUAAAUCAUUUCAAUUACUUCCUCCUCAAGAAAUGUCAUUUUGUGCAUAGAUAUAUUUUUUUACCGAUUUGAUUUUUAUUUACAGAGUUGGAUGAUUUUGGAUUUUCUUUUGUUUUAUUGUUUUGGAGUAAACUGGUGCAGAGUAGCAUGAGAGGUGCAUGGAGCUGGUUCCAGGGGGCUGGGGGAAGUGAUGUGACCAUGCCUGGGAAGAGAUGCCGUGGCCGGGCCGCCUCAGGGCUGGCCAUGGCCGGGCUGUGGGUGCUCAUGUGGGGUGCCCUGGCGGGGAGCGGUGCCAACGCGUGCCCAACUCUGUGCACCUGCAGUGGCACCACCGUGGACUGCCAUGGACUGGGAAUCAAGACCGUGCCCAGGAAUAUACCCAGGAACACAGAGAGACUGGAACUAAAUGGAAACAACCUCACCCGCAUCACCAAGAACGACUUUGCUGGCCUCAAGUAUCUCAGAGUCCUGCAGCUGAUGGAAAACCAAAUUGGCACCAUCGAGAGAGGAGCGUUUGAUGACAUGAAGGAGCUGGAGAGGCUGCGCCUGAACAAGAACCAGCUUCAGCAGCUCCCCGAGAUGCUGUUCCAGAAGAAUGCGGCAUUGUCCAGACUGGACCUGAGCGAGAAUGGGAUCCAGGCAAUCCCCAGGAAGGCUUUCCGUGGCGCGACGGACAUCAAGAACCUACAGCUCGACAAGAACCACAUCGGCUGCAUCGAGGAAGGGGCGUUCAGGGCAAUGAGAGGCCUGGAGGUUCUGACGCUGAACAACAACAACAUCAGCAGCAUCCCCGUCUCCAGCUUCAACCACAUGCCCAAGCUGCGUACUUUCCGCCUUCACUCCAACACGCUGCACUGUGACUGUCACCUGGCCUGGCUGUCCCAGUGGCUCAGGCAGAGACCCACCGUCGGGCUGUUCACCCAGUGCACCUCCCCCCCUCAGCUCCGAGGGCUCAACGUCGCCGAGAUCCAGAAACACGAGUUCUCCUGCUCAGGCCAAUCGGAGUCGAGUCUCCAGACCUGCAGCCUGGCUGCUGGCUCCUGCCCAGCCAUGUGCACCUGCUCCAGCAACAUCGUAGACUGCAGGGGAAAGGGCCUGACCGCCAUCCCAGCCAACCUGCCCGACAGCAUGGCCGAGAUACGUCUGGAGCAGAACGGCAUAAAGUCCGUACCCCCUGGAGCGUUCUCCCCCUACAAGAAGCUACGCAGAAUAGACCUGAGCAACAACCAGAUCUCGGAGAUCGCCCCUGACGCUUUCCACGGCCUGCGUUCCCUCAACUCCCUGGUCCUGUACGGGAAUAAGAUCACAGAGCUGCCCAAAGGAGUUUUCGACGGCCUGAGCUCCCUACAGCUGCUCUUGCUGAAUGCCAAUAAGAUCCACUGUGUCCGUGGCAACGCGUUCCAGGACCUGCAGAACCUGUCCCUGCUCUCUCUGUAUGACAACAAGAUCCAGACCCUCUCCAAGGGCACCUUCACUGCCCUGAGAGCCAUACAGACACUGCACCUGGCCCAGAACCCCUUCAUCUGCGACUGCAACCUGAAAUGGCUGGCAGACUAUCUGCGUGCCAACCCCAUCGAGACCAGCGGGGCCCGCUGUGCCAGCCCGCGUCGCCUCGCCAACAAGCGCAUCGGCCAGAUCAAGAGCAAAAAGUUCCGCUGUUCCGCCAAAGAACAGUACUACAUCCCAGGCACCGAGGACACCCGUCUGAACACCGAGUGCAGCAACGACCCUGUGUGUCCUCCCAAGUGCCGCUGCGAGGCCAACGUGGUGGACUGCUCCAACCUGCGUCUCACGAAGAUCCCUGAGCACAUCCCGUCCUCCACCUCUGAACUGCGCCUAAACAAUAACGAGAUCUCAGUCCUGGAGUCUACUGGCAUCUUCAAGAAUCUCUCUCAGCUCAAGAAGAUAAACCUCAGCAACAACAAGAUCUCAGAGAUCGAGGACGGUGCUUUUGAGGGGGCUGGGUCUGUCAUCGAGCUGCACCUGACGGCCAAUCAGCUGGAUUCGGUGCGGAGCAGCAUGUUCCGCGGCCUGGAGGGUCUGCGUAUGCUAAUGCUCCGGAAUAACCGCAUCAGCUGCAUUCACAACAACAGCUUCACGGGCCUCCACAACGUCCGCCUGCUCUCUCUCUAUGACAACCAGCUUACCACCAUCACACCCGGGGCCUUCGACACUCUCCAGACCCUCUCCACACUGAAUCUGCUGGCCAACUCCUUCAACUGCGACUGCCGGCUGGCCUGGCUGGGGGAUUGGCUGCGGAGCCGCAAGAUCGUGACGGGGAACCCCCGCUGCCUGCGCCCCGCUUUCCUCAAGGAGAUCCCCCUGCAGGACGUGGCCCAGCUGGACUUCCGCUGCGAGGAAGGCCAGGAGGGUGCCAGCUGUGUGCCGCGUCCGCAGUGCCCUGAAGAGUGCACCUGCCUGGAGACGGUGGUGCGCUGCAGCAACAAACACCUGCGCGCCCUGCCCAGGGGCAUCCCACGCAAUGUCACCGAGCUGUACCUGGAUGGAAACCAGUUCAGCAUGGUUCCCAAGGAGCUGUCCACCUUCAAAUACCUCCAGCUUGUGGACCUGAGCAACAACAAGAUCAGCUCCCUUUCCAACUCGUCCUUUGCCAACAUGAGCCAGCUCACCACCCUGAUUCUGAGUUACAAUUCGCUGCGCUGCAUCCCAGGCCUGGCCUUCGCGGGGCUGCGAUCCCUGAGACUGCUGUCUCUGCAUGGCAACGACAUCUCUGAGCUGCCGGAGGGAAUCUUCCGGGAUGUGGCCUCGCUGUCACACUUGGCCAUCGGUGCAAACCCGCUGUACUGCGACUGCCGCCUGCGGUGGCUCUCCGAUUGGGUGAAGACCGGGUACAAGGAGCCUGGCAUCGCCCGCUGCACUGGCCCCCAGGGCAUGGAGGGAAAGCUGCUGCUCACCACCCCCGCCAAGAAGUUUGAGUGUCAAUAUCCUGUGGACCCUGCUGUGCUGGCCAAGUGUGACCCUUGCCUGUCCACCCCCUGCCAGAACCAGGCCACCUGCCAGAGUGACCCUGUGGAUGGCUAUAAGUGCACCUGUGCAGAGGGGUUCAAGGGCCAGAACUGCGAGACGGCCCUUAACAUCUGCGGCAAUAAUCCCUGCUCCAACGGGGGCAUCUGCAGUUCCAGUGAGGAGGACAGCGAGCUCUUCAGCUGCUCCUGCCCCCUUGGGUUCGAGGGCCCGACCUGCGAGAUCAACGUAGACGACUGCGAGGACAACGACUGUGAGAACGGAGCCACCUGCAAAGACGGAGUCAAUAACUACACCUGCCUGUGCGCCCACUAUUACACAGGAGAGAUGUGUGAAGAGCUGGAGGAUGUGUGUGCACCAGGACGGAACCCCUGCCACCACCUCUCCACCUGCAUCAUCACAGCCACUGGGCCCAAGUGUGUUUGCGCUGCUGGCUACGUGGGCGAUGACUGCAGCAUGGACUACAAUGACUGUGAGGAGCACCACUGUCAGAACAGAGCGCGAUGCGUGGACGAGCUCAACGGAUAUUCCUGCAUCUGCUCCGAGGGUUACAGCGGACAGCUUUGCGAGGUCCCCCCUGCACCCCACUCUCUCUGCGACCUGGCCGAGUGUCAGAACGGCUCCCCCUGUGUGGAGAGGUCAGGCAGGGCGCUGUGCCAGUGCCUGCCCGGGUUCGGGGGUCCUCGCUGCGAGAAGCUGGUCAGCGUCAACUUCGUGGACCGCGACUCCUACCUGCUGCUCAGCGACAUGAAGAACUGGCCUCAGGCCAACAUCACCUUGCAGGUGUCCACUGCAGAGGACAAUGGCAUCCUCCUGUACAACGGAGACAAUGACCACAUCGCAGUGGAGCUGUAUGAAGGUCACGUCAAGGUCAGCUACGACCCGGGCAGUCAGCCUGGUCAUGCCAUCUACAGCGCAGAGACCAUUAACGAUGGGCAGUUCCACACGGUGGAGCUGGUGACCUUUGACCAGAUGGUGAACCUGUCCAUUGACGGUGGGCUCCCCACAACCAUGGACAGUUUGGGGAGUAUCCAGCCCCUGACUGGGGAGGCUCCGCUCUACGUGGGGGGUAUGCCUGAAGACAUCCACUCCGCCGCCUUCCGCCUGUGGCAGAUCCAAAAUGGCUCCAGUUUCCACGGCUGCAUCCAGAACCUCUACAUCAACAACGAGCUGCAGGACUUCACCCAGACGCAGAUGAAGCCGGGCGUGGUGCCAGGUUGCGAGCCCUGCCGAAAGCUCUACUGCCUGCACGGCAUCUGCCAGCCGGAUGGCGCUGACGGGCCUGUGUGCCACUGCCAGCCUGGCUGGAGCGGGCCCCACUGCGACCGGCCUGCCAGUGACCCCUGCCAGAGCAGCAAGUGUGUCCACGGGAAGUGCAUCCCCUUGGACACGCAGUCCUACCGCUGCGAGUGUGAGCAGGGAUACCGCGGUGCCUUGUGCAACCAGCAGGGGGAGCUCCACAACCCGUGCCAGGGCCAGCACUGCGUCCACGGCCGCUGCCAAGUGUCGGACACGGGCGAAGCGUACUGCCACUGUGACAGCGGGUACAGCGGGAAGCUCUGCGACACAGAGUCCGAGUGCCGGGGGGUGCCCGUGAGGGACUUCCACCAGGUGCAGCGCGGCUACACCAUCUGCCAGACGACGCGGCUGAUGUCGUGGGUGGAGUGCAGCGGCCGCUGCUCCUCAGGGGCCUGCUGCGGCAGCCAGCGAAUGAAGAGGCGAAAGUACACCUUCGAGUGCAGCGACGGCACCUCCUUCAGCCAGGACGUGGAGAAGAGCAUCAAGUGCGGCUGUGUGGGCUGUGUGUAG